AUGGCCACUAUUUGCCUCAGAAACAUUCUCGAUGACGAUGACGGCGAGGAAAACGAGAAAAACGGUGUCAAGGGGUGGUGCGGAGGAUGGAACGGUUGGCUCCAGGUGUCUGAAAACGUGGGGCUCCCCGCGGCCCGUCUCGAUAUGGCCCUCGAACUCUCAUUGCACACCCGUGGCCCGCGUCUUUGCCAGGGGUACUCGCUGCUGAGACCACAGACGUGCAGUAUCGACGAAGAGAACCACCUCGUAGAGUCUAGACGGAAUUGCUUCCAAGGGGCCGGGCUGUUAUUUGGCGUUCCCCCGGCUUUAUUCACCUCCUGGCAGUCGCCGCCUUCGUUUUCGACCACUCCAAAACCUUCGACGACCUCUGCUCCCUCCGUCCUUCAGAACAUUGUCAGCGGCGUCGAAACACCUCCCCCGUCGACACUCUUAGCUGCCGUCGCCAACGUCAUGCCUCGAAUAUAUGACGUGAAAAAGCGUCAUAUGUCUCGCCAUUCACCGUGUCCCCCGGUACCAAAAGAGCGCAGGACGAGGAGUCAGUCAUAA